UCAUUGCUGUAGGAUUCUCUCAUCCUUCAGGCCUGAUAGGAUUGCUAUUGAGACACAUCUUAAAGAAUACCUUCAACUAGAGACAAGUCUUGUAAGACCUAAUCCAGACAAUUAUAUUGUGUAAUAUAAUGUAGAUAAAUGAGACGAUGAAUUUAUAAUAAUUUUGAAAAGAACUUGUGACUGAAACUAGCACAAUUAUUGAUAAAGCAUAUAUACCCCAUAGUAUAAUUGUUCUUCACAUUCAAAAUGACACUACUCACACUAGUAGCACUGUUAACCUUAUAUGUACAUUUUGAGUUUUGUAGCUAACUAUACAUACAUGCACGUGUGGUUCUGCAGUGUCACUAAAAGCUUAUCAAAGAGACAGCCUGGGAUCUGUCUGAUAAUGAGAAGGAGUUUCUGUCUGAGGUUUUUGGAGGCUGCAUGCGUUUCAGUCCUUUACUGAAGGUACUAGUAGACAGGUAUUAUGCCAGUAAUGUUGGAUUGUGUCUUCAUUCUGACUCUAGUCUUUAUCAUGUAAUAAGCUAUUUGAUAUUACUGAGACUAGAAGAGGUUGGCAUCCCACAGUUAAAGAGACUCCUGGAAAGUCAGAGCACGAUCAAAAUUUAUAAAUUCUUGAAAUUUAUCCUGAGCCAUGAUAAUUUACAUGGCUGGAUCAAGGAUGAAUUAUGUAAGGUGUAUGAUGAAGCGUUUAUUCAUGAUCAUAUCCUACUCCAAUUGUCAAAUCAUGAAGAUCAAUUGGAGAGAUAUAUUCAACAGCUAGAGUCACAAGUGAAUCUUAAACUAACAACACAUCAUUCCACCAUCCCACCAACAACAAUUAAACCAUUCAAUUUAACUAAUCCCAAACCUCGUCUUGUUCCCACGCCAGAAAAGAUACCUACAAUUCCUCCUCAUAAGCCAGUUCCUAAGAGUAUGUACGUCCCACCUCUUGAAUCAGAAAAGAUAGCACUAAUGAGAGACACACAGAAAUACAGAGCAAAAGAGAAACUUGAAGACGCUAAUUCUUCUCAAUUUUCUUGUGCAUAUACUGAAAAAUCAGAGAAAACAAAAAAAGUUAUUCAGCAGAUAAUACAAGAGAGAGAAGCAAAAGUAGAAUAUGAACCAAUUCGACCAGUCCCUGUCCCUGUAACAACAAAAGAAGCACCUUCACUGAAGCUAAACACGACGGCCAUUUUGAGGGAAGGAGCAAGGAUACAGAAAUUGGAAGAGGAGGAGGAGAGAAGGUUAGCUGGGCUAGAAGCUGGUGAAAGAGAUACAGCUGAUUAUUUUAAAUGGCAAGGGGAAGUCAAAGAAGAGACAGCAGCUCGAAGACUAGCAGAGCAAAAGAAACGACAUUUAGAAGGACAGUUAAGCUAUGAAGAGGCUAUCAUCGCCAAGCAGACCUUUAUACAGGAGACCAAAGACAAAGUUGCACUCAUGAAGGAAGAGUCUGAGCAGUUUAUGAGAGAAUAUUUCAAAAGAAGGGAUGAUGAGAGAAAGGAAAUGAGACGUCUUGUAGAGGCAACAAUGCUAGGACACCAGAAUGUAAAGGAAGCAAAAAUUAAGCUCCAACAAAUGAAGCAAAGACUUGUUCAAAAGAUGGAGAAAGAAAACCAAGAACUUUUGAAGAAAGCACUAGAAGAAGAAGAAGCAGAAAUGAGGAGAAAAGUUGAACUGAUCCAACAGAUUAAAGCAAUGGAAAGCAUCCCAGUAUCACGUACCAAAUUUGUCGACUUGACUGAAACAGGAGGACAGGGACUGUUGUCUGAAAUGUCAGUGGUUGAGUUGAGGGAGAGACUGGCUUUAUUAAAGAUUGCAAAAAGCGAAGAGCAGGAGAAAAAGAAGAAAGGAAUUGCAGCAACAAAAGAGGCUAAGGAAAAGCUACUUCAGGAGGCAAUGACUACAAUAAACAGACACAAAGAGGCACAGGCAGUCACAGAUAAAAUAAAAAAUAUCAAAGGGAAGGAUAGCAAUAAAAAGAACUUAAGUAUUGCUACUAAAGAUAAAGAACUUAAUGACUUGCAGGAAAAAUUAGAAUUGAAAAGAAAAGAAAGAGAAAGAUUAAGGCAAGAAAGUGCAGAUGCAACAAGACAAAAGAAGAACCUUGCAUUAUCAAAUCCUAGUACUCCACUUUCACCACUGGAGACACUACUGAGAGCUGCUGGAUCUACGUAACUAAAAACAUUUUAAUACACUUUAUUUUUUAUGUAACUGAGAGUAUAAUAAGUAUUACAAAAUAUCAAGGUUAAA